UAGCGGAUCCCUUAUCUCUCCGUCUCUCUCUCGGCGUCCGACGUACAUGUCGUCCGGUCGUCGGUGUUGUUGUUAUUAUUAUUAUUAUUAUUAUUUUUAUCAUCGUUAACGCGCGACGACGACGACGACGACGACUAUGACGGUAUUAUUGAUGUAAUUAUUGUUAUUGUUGCCGUUCCACAUGCACGCGCGUAACGCGUCGCCGCCGCCGUCGCGCGAUCUCCGUCUUGCCGGCACAUCGUUCGUCCGACGGCGUUUCGCCCGGUGAACGUGCGUGCGCCCAGUUCGCCGGAUCCGGCGACGUCCGUCCGUCCGUCCGUCCGACCGCAUGCCCAACAGGCUCCGAGCACUUCCGCUGUCGUGUUGAUGUCCACCGACAACUGUAGACGACUGUAGCCCGUUUUCAAUUUAUAAUAAUGGAAAAAGAAAACAAAUGUAAAGCUUAAUAAUGGUUUCAUACUCAGAUAGUGUAACAUCUAAUUUAACGGCUAUCGCCAAUAAUAAUAUUCAACAAACAGAUCAAGCAAUAUUUGAAGCUGAUAAACGAGCUGUUUAUAAGCAUCCACUUUUUCCUUUACUAGCAUUACUUUUUGAAAGAUGUGAACAAGCCACUCAGUCAGCAGCAAUUUCAAAUUCUGAAAGUUUUAAUAUGGAUAUACAAGCAUUUGUUCAACAUCAAGAAAGAGAUAGAAAACCAUUUUUAAUUAAUGAUACAGAAAUCGACGGAUUGAUGAUUAAAGCUAUUCAAGUAUUACGAAUACAUUUAUUGGAACUAGAAAAAGUUCAAGAAUUGUGCAAAGAUUUUUGUAGUAGAUACAUAACAUGUCUAAAAAUUAAAAUGCAAAGUGAAAAUUUAUUACGUUCUGAUUACACAUCGGGUUACAUAGAAAAUAAUAGCAGUGGUAACUCAAGUAAUAGCAAUUCUCCAUUAUGCCAUUCUCCACACCAUAGUCAGGUGAUAUCCUCUUCAGGAGUUUCUGUGCGGCAGUCUGGAGACAACGAUGCUAUAAAACCAAAAACAAUAAUGGAUUUAAAAAACAUAACCUGUCUUUUAUCAAAUAUACCAUCCUCCACAUCCGUAGAAAUGAAAGAUGUAUCUCAAGUCUCAGAUGUUUCCCAACUUGAUUUGACAGUCACUAAAUCUACACUUCAAAACUCUUCUUUAGAAAAAACACCAUUAUCAGCAAUUGGUACAAAUGUAUUACAGAAUAAUGUUUCUAUUUUACAUGGUUCCUUAUCAGCUACUAGUGGUGGCUCUUGUGAUGAAGAAGAUGACUACUUUGGGAGUAAAAAGAAAAGGCAACAAAAAAGAGGAAUUCUCCCUAAACAGGCUACAAGUGUAAUGCGCUCUUGGCUUUUUCAACAUUUAAUUCAUCCUUAUCCAACAGAAGAUGAAAAAAAAAUUAUUGCCGCACAGACUAAUUUAACAUUGUUACAAGUAAAUAAUUGGUUUAUCAAUGCACGAAGACGAAUAUUACAACCAAUGCUUGAUGCGUCUACCCCUGAUAUUGCUGGUGAACAAAACUUUACUCUUUCUAAAGAUAAGUCUGCAAUUGUUGAUAAUAACAAGUUUUCAUGGCCUGCUGAUGAUUUAUUACAAUCUCAAAAUGUCAAUGAAAAUUCAAAUGAAUCAAAUUUUGGUGAAAGUGAAGCAGAAGAUGACGAAGAAGAAGAAAUUAGUGAUAUUUUUUCUCAACAUAGUGUUAAUGAAUCAGAUUAGUCGGUGUUUUAAGAAUAAUCUUAAUACAUUGUACAAUGUAUAUGAAACAGUAAUCAUUUUAUAUGUAUGUAAAAAGUAAAUAUUGUUAUAUUAUAUACAGUCAAUGUUAAUGUUAAAUACAUUUAAUAUGUUAUACAUAUUAGAAGACGAGAGAUAAUUAACUAAUAACUUAAAUAAUAUAAUACAAAAUAAUAUAAUUUAUUGAAAACAUAUUGAUAUGUUUCAUAAAGUGUAUUAAAUGGUUAAAAUACUUAAGUGGUUUAUUAAGAUAAUAAUUAUCAAUAAAUCAAUAAAUAUGUGUUAUUAUUAAAUAAAUAAAUGUUCCAAGCCUUAUAAGUAUUAUAAGUAAUAAUAACUAAUCAAUGACUGUAAAAACAAUUUGUACAAAGUAAAUUUUAUUUAGAAUAACAAUUGAUUGAGGUUUAACUAGAGUUAUUGUAUCAUUUAAAUACAUUAUAGAAAUAUAAUAUUAAAUGCUAAUGAUUUAAAAAAUAAAAUUACAGUCUAUUCCAAAUAAGAGUAUAUUGGUUUGUGCAUUGCUCAUGACCCUAAUCCCUUCACCCACAAACUAUGCGGUUAAAGCUUAUUAACAAAUAGAGCUGUCAAAUAAAAAUUGGUUAGGUGAUCAGUAUAUUUUUAUUUGAAAUAGACUAUGUAUUGUAAUUUCAUUUAUAUUUCAAAAUCUUGAGUUGUCUUAAUAUUUUAAAUAUUAAUUUGUUAACCCGAUUAUUAUAAAAUUAUAUAUUUUUAAUGUGUUCUUUUUUUUACAUAAGAUUAGAACAUCAUUAAUGAAAUAAUACUACUACUUUUAUGACCAAUUUCUACCUAUUAUAAUAAUUAUUCAUAGUAAAAUUGCAGCAGUGUUCCUCAGUCAAUAUUUUAACGCUUUGAAAAUAAAUGUUAAAAGAACCAUAAUACAAACUGUAGUGGAUGGCAAAUUUUCAAAUUUUCUAAUUUGUUAUCUAUAUUGAAUAUAUAUACAUUUAAAAUUAAUUCUUAUUUUAUA